AUGACGCUCAUCAAUUUGCGUCUGCCAGUUGCAGCUCUGGUAGCAGUACUGUUGUCGUUGGGGGAUUCUGUACACGCGGCUGAGGCACAAGAUGUGGGAAUAGUUACAACGGAAAUCGCGAGAGCUCAAAAUAAUAGCUUGUUAUGGGGUCCUUAUAAACCCAAUCUUUAUUUUGGUGUUAGGCCCAGGAUACCUAAAAGUUUUACCGGUGGUUUGAUGUGGGCAAAGGUUGAUAACUUUGUGGAUGUUCAGCAGAACUUCAGACAUACUUGUGAGCAAGGUGAUGGCAUGAGAGGUUAUGGCUGGGAAGAAUUCGAUGCUCGAAAUGGUGGAAAGCAAACCAUGUAUGAUGAGAGCAAUGGCAUUGAUAUCACAACUUUCUUCGUCAAAUCCCCUGGUGGUAAACAUGGUGGGAAUUGGGCUACACGAGUGAGGGGUAAAGUUAGGGAAGGCUCGCCAGCAGAUUUAAAGACAACAAUUGUUUUCUACGCUUCUCUUGAAGGUCUUGGAAGUUUGACAGUCGAGAAUGAGCAAGAUGAUCUUGGAUUUGAGGGAGAAGUGAUUCUCAAUGGAGAAUCCGAUGGAUUGGGUGAAUAUAAGGUUGCGAUCACACCUGGCCGGGGUUUCCAUCCUGGUUCGGAUCAUCCGUCAUACCAGGAGAAGCCAUUGGACAGGACUUUUGUUCACUCUCUUACUCUUGACGAAAAAUUACUGUGGGCGGCCAAGCCUCAUUUGUUCGGAAAGUUGAAGGAGCAAAUCGAUGAAUAUCUUACAACUUACGGAGAAGAUAGUGCUCCUCCUCCAUACCAGAUCUAUACAAUUGCACACGCCCCAGAUGAAGGAAACUUACAUUUGAUACAAAAAGUAUUCGAAGGAGAUUUCGAAUUCGAUAUCAUUUUCAACAGUGCUUCAGCGGAGAAGGGACUUACCAGUCAAGAUAUUUCUAGACUGAUUGGUGAAAACAGCAACUCCUUUUAUGAUAGAUUUAUCUCCACAUUUGAUUUACAACCACCUUUUGAUAUCGAAAGUCUUCAAAGGUUUUCAAGUCACAUGUUCUCAAACUUAAUUGGUGGUCUCGGAUACUUCCAUGGAGAUUCGGUUGUUGAUCGUUCAUAUGCUGAGGAGUAUGAGGAAAGCAACGAAGGCUUUUGGGAAGAGGCUGCAGAGGCAAGAGGACGAAGGCAGGAAAAGCUUGAAGCCCCAUCGGAACUUUUCACUACUGUUCCAUCUCGACCUUUCUUUCCUAGAGGAUUCCUUUGGGAUGAAGGAUUUCAUCUUCUUCCUAUUGCUGAUUGGGAUAUUGAUCUUACUCUCGAAGUUGUUAGAAGCUGGUUCAAUCUUAUGGAUGAAGAUGGAUGGAUUGGUAGAGAACAAAUUCUUGGUGCUGAAGCUCGCAGCAAGGUUCCACCAGAGUUUCAAACACAAUAUCCUCACUAUGCCAACCCACCUACCUUGUUCUUUAUUGUCGAUGCUUUCAUUAGCAAGCUUGGAGCACUCAAUGGUACUUCCCCAUUGGUAAAAGAAAAGCUCGCAAAGGAGUCUUCAAUCUACUCUGCUUAUUUGCAGAACCCAGAAGCUGGCCUUCAAUAUCUCAAUGAGCUAUAUCCUAAACUCAAGAAGCAUUACUACUGGUUCCGCAAAACUCAAUCUGGAGAUUUGAAAGCAUAUGAUCGUGAUGCAUUUAGUACCAAGGAAGGUUAUAGAUGGAGAGGCCGUACACCAAUGCAUAUCCUCACUAGUGGUCUCGAUGAUUAUCCUCGUCCUCAACCACCUCACCCGGGAGAAUUACAUGUCGAUUUGAUGUCCUGGAUGGGCAUGAUGACCAAAUCUCUCAAAAACAUUGCAAGCCUCCUCGGCAUGGAAGAUGAUGUCGCCGAAUUAUCCACCAUCGAAACAGCUAUUCACCACAACAUCGAUGAUUUACAUUGGAGCGAAAAGGAGAAAUGUUAUUGUGAUGCCACGAUUGAUGAUUAUGAAGAACAUCAAUUAGUUUGCCACAAGGGAUAUAUUUCUCUCUUCCCAUUCUUGACAGGUUUGGUUGAUGCCAAUAGUGAUAAAUUGGGUCAUAUUCUUAAUUUACUAGGUGAUGAAGAGGAAUUGUGGAGUGAACAUGGGAUUCUAUCGCUGAGUAAGAAAAAUGAGUUUUAUGGUACGAAUGAAAAUUAUUGGAGGGGUCCUGUUUGGAUGAAUAUGAAUUAUUUGGCUGUUUCUCAACUUUUGAAAUACGCACAAAUCCCCGGUCCCCACCAAGAACAAUCCAAAACCCUCUAUACAAACCUCAGAUUAAACCUCAUCAAAACAGUAUAUGAUAGUUGGCAAGAAACAGGUUUCGCGUGGGAACAAUAUAGUCCGGAAACGGGAAAGGGUCAGAGAACUCAACAUUUUACAGGGUGGACAAGUUUGGUGGUUAAAAUUAUGGGGAUGCCGGAUUUGAGUGGGGGGUAUUAUGAAGGGGAGGUAGGUGGGGAGGGGAAGAAGGAGGGGAAGGUGGAUGAGUUGGAGGAGGUGGAGAAGAAGAAGGAGGAUGAGGGGAAGGUAGAGAGGAAGGAUGAGUUGUAG